GCCCCCUCUGAAUUGAAUGAGAAUACGAAGAAGAGCAAAUUUCCUAUAACGCCUGCCGUGCUGCGCGGCAUCUUUGCGAGUAACAGAACCUUGAUUGAAGAACGGAUGAUUUCACGUGUAGCUUUCUUUCGAUUCGCCGGGUUUCUGCUCAGUUGUCUCGGAAUAAGUCUUAUUGCAGCGAGAGGGAGGUCCGUACAUGGUUUAGGACUU